GCUGGCAGGCUCGAGCAGUUCUUGGACAAGACCGACGCUGCGAUCCAUUUGAUGGAGGAGCUCGCAGCGAACCCAGGAGGCAGCGAGGCUUUGUGGGAGGCCUGCCAGAAGCUGCACGCCCUGAAGGUUGAAUGUCCAGGUCACGUGUGCACGAAGCUUGCGCACGCGUGUGCGUGCCAGCAGAUGGCCAUCGCCCUCGCCCAGGCCGACGACGUCGGCGUUGAGGCAGCCGACAUCGCCCGCGUGACCUUGGUGGUGAGCCCCUUUCGGAGCAAGGGCGACCAGGUCGUCGGCGGAGAGCAGUCCAUGAUUGAGACCGUCCAGGAGGAUUCCGACAUCCAGAUCGUGCAUGAGGAGCCAGAGUUUAGCAUUCUUGCUCCGAAGGUUGCCGGGCUCCGCCUGUUUCUGAACGAGCGGAUCGAUGCAUCGUCCAAGGUAGUCGUCCACGAGUUGAUCCCGAUGCCUGCUCAACGUGGGGAGCGCACAGUAGACGUCACGGUUGCCCUUCUGACAUCAAUGGGGUCAAUCUUCGAGGCUGCCCUGGAGGAGAUGGGUCCGGUCCCUGAGAACACGCACGCCUUCUUGGAUGCGAUCCGUUCCGUCAUUGCAGUCGUGGCGAACGCUCCUAGCCCCCGCCAUUUCAGUGCGCUCCAGUCGGCGAUGCAGCAGUUCCAGGACAAGAAAGAGGCGAUCCAGGCCCAUGCCAUGCUCGCCCUUUACCACGGUGACUUCUUCAAGACCAGGUCGUUGCACGUUUUCAACCAUAUUCCCGACAUGCUGCCUUCAGUUGAAACCAUGGACGCUUCGCUCAAGGCCAUUGAAAGGAUCGACAGGUUCGGAUCAGAUGGUGCUACCAAGCAGUGGGAGAUCAAGCUCGUCCAGUUGUUGCAGCGUGCGCGGGAGUCCGUGGGUGAGGCCGAUGGCGACACUGUGACGAAGUCCCAGGUGGAGCACCUUAGUAUGUGCGCGGGGGCUGCGAAGGAGGUGUGGCCGAAGGAGAGCAUCCUCGACGACAUAUCGACAUGGUGUGCCUCUACUGUUGCGACCGUGGCCGCAGCUGAGCUUGACAGCGCCGUCUCUGAGAGCCUCGCGGGUUGCUUCGACCCAGAGUUUGAUUGCCAGAAGUUCAUUGGCUGCCUCAAGAUGGAGAAGCACCAAGGCAUCCCGAAGUUUACCGCGGACUCCAGCGUCGGCAAGAUGAUUCAGAACGCGGUCACCGCAGUGGUCAGCCUUUACGCGGGCAGCGGAGUCGCGAACACGAUGGCCCACGAGGCAUGGGCAGCCUGCGUCAAGCUGCAGUCCGACAUCGGCCACGCCAUCGCUCUCCACAGUGAGUGCGAGAACACCGACACCCAGCCACAUGAUGGGUUCACGACCUUGCUGAGCCGCUUGCUCGGAGAGAUGGUGGAGUACGACAAGCACUCGUGCAAGCUUCCCGAGUCCAUGCGCGCGGCCAGGAUGAGCGAAGAGUUCGCUCAGCACAAGCGCUUCGCGGCCGACCAGAAGAACACGUUCGUUUCCUCCGCCUUCGCCGUGCUUGACGCAGCGAUCCAGGAGAACACCAGCCGCCAGUUUGGCGGCGAGGACGGGGCGAGCUGGCACGCGGCGUUCGACGAGAAGACGGCUGACAAGAUGCAGCAUUUGAUCAAGAAGUACUCCGAAGCGUGCCGUUUGGUCGGCUCCGCGGUGGACGCCGCCAUCGUGAGCAAGGCUUCCGAUGUGGUGAUGGCCAUGGGCGCGACCAGGAGCGAGGCCCUGCUGCUGCGCCUGUGCAACAGCGACGGCAUGAAGCAGUACAACGCGGAGGAGAGGGACAUCAAGACGAGGGCCAUCAAGAAGGAGGCCCAGAGGUUUUCGAAGUGGGCCUCGAUCUUCCUGCCCAUCAGGCAGAGGGCCGCGGAGGCCAUGGAGCGCAA